UGGAAACGCAUAAUUCCCAGUCCAAGGACCAAAAGGACAUGAACAGCUCCGAAUAUAACGUCACGUGUUGUCAUUUCAAGAUUCCGGUAAAUACGAGGUGACGUGAAUGCAGCUUUAUAGCUCGUGUCGUGCGUGUUCACGUGUCUGAUCAAAAUAUAGAAGAAAAGUGAAUGAAAGGGUAUUUUUCUAACAAAAUGUCACUUCGACGUUUGACUUUGAUCACCAUCGUUGUGUCCAUCACCUCAGAAACCGUUUCAGGUGAAGGUGUGUUUAAAGCAGUGGGUGAUCGAGUUUCUUUUCGUCCAGACAAACCUCUUCCUUCUAUUGUCACCAGCAUCAUCUGGAAACACAUAAACACUGACGGAACUGUUGUCAAGGCGAUUGAAUGGGAUGAAGGAGAAAUUCUAAUCCCAAAUCCGAGAUUCAAAAACAUCACAACUGUUGAUGAGAAGACUGGACAAAUCAAUAUCACUAAUCUAAAAAUUGAACAUAGUGGAGUUUAUACCAUUGACAUCAACAGUAAAGAGCAGGAACAGAGAUUCACCUUGACUGUUGAGGAAAAAACUACAAAAGGCCAAAAGGAGAUAAAGAAUUUUUUCCCUCUCCAGCGUCCCCAGUUCUCCGUGUCAAAUGCACGGAAGAAAGAAUUAGAUGACGCAUUUUUUAAGAUGGUUUACUUGGAUUAUGAACCUCUGACAAAAGGUGAAAGAGAGGGUAUGCGUCAUUUUGUCAGCGUUGCCCAGCCCGGAUACACCACUCCAUGCUACAAUACAGUGCGUGAUACACUGAUGCCAAAUGCUCUUAGUGAGAUGGAAGGCAGACUUAGGGAGCUGUUGCAGUUAGGAGAUGGCUUCGCGCUUACGCUAGACAUAUGGACAAACAGAAGAGGACACAGCUUUCUAGGUGUUGUGGCAAGUUUCGUUGAUGAAGUGUUCAAUGGUCACACUGUGUUGCUGUCCUGUGAACAUCUUAAAGGACACCACACAGCUGAGAGUAUUUUUCAGAAAUAUGAAGGUGUUUUACAACACUGGAAUUUACAAAGACGCGUUGUCAGGGUGGUCACCGACAGCGCCAGUAACAUGAUAAAGGCUUUCAACCUCCCAGGGUUGGAGGAAAGUGCAGUAGAAGAGGAGGGAGAGGAAGAGGACCCAGAGGAAGGUGACACAGUGGAUAAUCAGCCUUCCCCAUUCCAGCCAAUUUUUUUUGCAGAUCAUUGAGAACGUGACCGCUACAUAUAUCACCGAAAACAAUCUCCAUAUGCGAUGCCCUAUCCAUUUACUGCAGCUCGCCCUAAAGGAUGCAAUAAACAGCCAUGCCGAUGUGGGCAAUGUCAUCACACGAACGGCAAAACUUGUAAAAGCUGUCAGGGAGAGCACCCUAAACACCGAGGAAGCUGAUAAACUGGGUGUGCGUCCAGGGACGGACUGGGACUAAAAAACGGCCCUGGACUUUGACUAGGCCCAGCCCAAAGCAAUCGGCGCGCGGAAACUCGACAACAACAACAACAACGCCUGGCAUGAGUGUCACAAGACUUUAAUUGUGGCUCAUGAUACUAUACCAUCCAAAUUAUAGCAAUAGCACUGCUGUUGACUAGAUGUUGUGUUAAAAGCAUAUUAUUCUAGAUUAACUUGAAUACUCAUAUAGACAUGGAGGUCUCAACACACUGCAGUCCCUCUGGCUGAACCCGCGGCCGCGUUAUGCAUAUUGUUUGUUUGAUUCUAUCUAACGUCUUUGCUGUUGGUUUCUUCCUACACUUCCACUUCUUCUUCUCCUUACUUUUCUAUUCUGAUUCUAGCACCUUCCCAGUGGUUCUUCCAGCGCUGAGCGAGUGUUUUCUGCCGCUGGAUUGCUUUCCCGGGCACACCGAAUGAGCCUGAAGCCUGACACUUUGUCCAAGAUAAUGCUUCUUAAAGUGAAUUCUAAAAUCCAGUAAACAUCAAGAGACGUUUUAAUAGACCACAGUUCCCCGCAGUUAUGGUCUAUUUUAACUUGACACUAGAAAGUGUUUCUUUCAUCGACGUCAGUUCAUAAUCUAAGCAUUCUUUAAGUGCAUUUUAUCUUGUUUAUGCAUCUCACAGGCUUUAUAAUCAAAAUGUGUUUUGUAAAGAUCUACGCAUAUUUCGUCUCGUGUGUGCGUUUGUUUUAAUGAACCUGUUUUGAAUGUUCUAUUGCACAACAACGGCAGCUAGCCUAUUGGAGCCCGAUCACACGAAAAUGCGUAUCAAUAGUACGAGUUUGUAAUCUCGUAGAAUAUAAACGCCAAAAUGAAUUUUUCGCGUGCAUAUGAUACGCACUUUAUGGCGUAUUAUACGUACGA